UCUUCGUACUGGUACGCCAAAUAAAUGGUUUAAGACGGUCUUAGUCCAGGGAUUGUUUUUUAGGAUUUCUUAAUGGAUUUGCCCUAACAUGAUCAUGUUAGCAAAACAUCAGCUUCUGAUUACUGCUAUUACGUUUUGUCUUUGGUUUUUGAGAAGAAUAGAUUGUCAGCAAUGUACAAGACUCGGACCUAAUUCUGUUAACCCAAACGUUCAAAUCGGACAGAAGGUAGUGAAUUUAACAUUCGCUACUAUACGUGCUAACAUUGUACAGCAAUGUAUUAAUUUAUGUUAUUACAGAAAGCUCUGUCACUCCUUUAAUUUUCACAGUGUACGAAAACAAUGCGAAUUGAAUAUUGAGCCUAUAGAUGGUCAUGUCUACCCACUAGAGCCUGAUGAACAGUAUAGAUAUGGUUUGUUAGAAGAAAUGCCAGGGGAGUUGGCUGGUAAAUGCCUGAGUCAUGAUUGUCCAGAGAUGGCAGUUUGUAUACCAUACAGUGAUUCUUAUACUUGUCUGCCUGUUGAUUAUGAUGUAAAGUGUGAAGUUCCGCCAACCAAAGAUUGGGCAACUCUGAUCACUAAUGAAACACGGUAUUUUCCCGCGGAAUUUACCUAUACUUGUCUAUAUGGUUACGUAAGUGGAAAUCCAACUAUUCGAUGUUUUAGUAAUGGACAAUGGAACUCAAGUAAUGUUGUUUGUCAAGUACCAAUUGAUUGUGGUAUACCGACUAGUGCAAUUGUUGGUAUAGAUGUCAUCUAUGAUAUAACUUACCAAGAUUCUGUGGCGACCCAUGUCUGUCAAUCAGAUUGGAUUUAUACUUCCGGCUCCAACACUUCUGUUUGCCAAUCUAAUGGAACUUGGACUGUGCCAACUCUAGUUUGUACAAGUACAAUUGAUUGUGGUGAUCCUGAUGAGCUGGCAGAUUAUACUGGUACAGAGAUGGUCUAUGAUACUACAACCGCCUUCUCUGUAGUCAACUAUGUGUGUAAAGUUGACUGGGUAUAUAUUUCUGGCUCUAAUCAAUCUGUUUGUCAACUUAAUCAAACCUGGUCGCAGCCAACUAUCUUGUGUGCACCGACCACGUGUUAUGUUGUACACCCUUCAUAUGGUACAAUUUACAAAGGCAGUGCGGCCACCAUGUCCAUUGUUAUUAUCUUUACCAUCACUCUCGAUUGUGAUCCAUGGAAUAUAACACUAUGGCCCUCCAACUACAGUAUUGUUGACCAAGGACCUAUUUCUAAUUCUGGAAACCACUGCCGGGGAUUUCCAUCUUAUGCAACACCAGUUUGUUUUGGAAAAAAUGGUAUUGUGCAUGUUAUCGGCCCGUGUCCUGUUUCUGAAUGUUGACAUGUAAAUGAGUAGUAAGUGUUAUUGUUUUGGAUUAGGGUACUGUAUAUAAAAUAUCGUAUAGCAAUCUUUAGGAAGCCGUGGUGGCUCAGUAAGGCAAAGGCCCACUAUAUAACAAGGAGAUCCCGGAUCUGGUCGAGAAAGUUCCUCUGGACUUUUAAGCGUGGUUUCCGCUUUUUCAGUGCUGCAGGUCAGAGGGCCAGGCGAGGAAAGUCGUCUAGUCGUUUGGGUGGUUACAAAAAUCGGGUGACUUGCACGUAAAAGUAUCCUUGGCAGUUGGAAUCCCCUUUCAUUAACCUGGUUGGUGCAACCAAGUAGGACAUUAACCCAAUUUUUUCAUUCUUUCACGCUUGUAUGGUAAGGUGCAUGGUGGGGGCUAGCAGGAACCCAUAUUCUAGACAUUAACUAUACGUUCUAUUCUUAAUGCCUUUUUACCUUUUUAUUGAAAUUUACAGGAACAUGACCCCUUUAAUUUGGGCAAAGAUAUAGUGUCGAAAUGGGUUAAUCAAUUUCAGUAAGUGAUGGAACAAAUUUUCAGAGCCAACGGAAAUCGGCUUUUUUACUGAUUUUACUUUCAUUUUAAGUUAACUGUGGAACAAAAAUAUGGCCAUAUUGCAAAACAAACAAAUACAUUAAAUUCAUUUAAAUCGGCACUUUAAUUUUUCAUCCAAACUAUUGUGCACUUCAAAUUUACCCAUAUUCAUUUCGGGUUUUAAAGAGUUACUUAGAAGAAAUAAAAAAGGAAUCAAAAGUGACAAGUUUUUAUUCAAU